GUCUAUUACUAUUGUAAAAAUACCAUAUUUCAAUCCUCAUUUUUUCUCCCAUAACUCAAUAUACAUCUAUUACUACUGUAGAUAUGUGUAAACUUUAUAUGAAUGAAGACCACAUUUCAGCUCUCAAUUUUUAUCUCUUAACUCAAUAUACAUCUAUUACUGUUGUAAAUAUGUGUAUUUACAAUAUCAAGAAAUUUAUUUUUUUCCGCGAGUCCUUUUUUGUAGUACGAACUGGGUUCUGGUCCGUUCGCCUGACCCAUAGUUACUCAAAAACGGGCUGCCGGAAUAUCCGUUGCGCCGCUCUUCCUCCACACUUAAUCAGCAUUUCCAAGCCGAGCAAUCUCAGUUAUUGACCCCAAGCAAUAAACAUCCCGGACGCAGAGUCUAAUACAAAAUGAAUUCUUUAUCAUUUUUGUAUUGAAACACAUUAUUUAAAUCUUCCAUCUCAAAGCUCAAAGAAUUUAGGGUGUGAAACUAUCUUCAACAGCUGUCGCCAAAGAUAUCGUGCAUGUAAAUGGAGAGGUUGGAUAAUGCCAAAUUAUUGGAUAUGGUAAGUCAUGUGUCAAGAAUGACAACUAAAGCAUGGGGCUUGGUAGUUGCCAUUAAUAACCCAAUCCUAUCUACUAUAUCUUACCCAUUCCCUCAUUCUCUCUUUCAUAUCAUUACCCAUUCACCCUCACAACACACACUUAAGAGGAAAAAAGAGUAUGAAAAAAUAAAACAAGAACUCUCGUGUUACGAAUAGUGCAGUUGUGAUCGUAAUGGAGCACGGCGAUAACCAAGAAACCCCUUGUUUCCUUCCCGUCAUUGCGCGAUUGGAUCGCCUUGAUCGCCUUAUUCAGCUUGUAGAGGAGAAGCGUAGCAUCUCAAAAACUGAUCGUGCAUGUGUAGCUGAAAGCAAAAAUGAGUGCAAGACUCUAUCCUCAGCUCUAGAGGAGGUCCAUCACAAGGGCACGCUUAUGGAGAGGCUCGCCCUCCUCGAGAAACGAGUACUAGAGUUGAGUCUGGAGAUCAAUGAAGGGAACACCACGUCGAGAUCAAGCUCGACCUCUUCGACACUUCAAGGUUCGGAGAUGGUAGGUGAGAAUGAUUCUGAACUCAAACACAAGAGUGAGAAUGGAGAUGCAAUCAAUAAACAACAAAUGAGAGAUCCCUCCACAAUCCAAGCACAAGAAAAAGCUUCUCCUGCAGAUGAGGUUGUGAAAGAAAGAGCAGCAAGAAGCAGAAGACAGAAAACAAAAUCACAGAAGAAGUGGCCAUGGCUGUUCAGACAUCCAUGUUGACCAUUUACAUUCUGAAAUCGAAUGCAAUAAUCCAUACACUUGCAUAUGUGUGAGUAUAUGUCGAAAUUCAUCGACAAUGUUUGUAAGCCAAAUAUUGACAAUAAACUGCAGCUUUUAUAAA